UAUGGGUAACAAUUGGGGUUCUGUGUUUUGUGCAUUUAAACACAGUAUAAGCCGCGCUUCCAAACCAACUGGUUUCGUAGUAGAUUUUGUGUGUCGCUCAAAAACACGUGAAUUUUUGGUAAAAAAGGAAAAUGAUCCUGAAAACAAGUAAAGUCAAAAAACAGCAAACUACAAAUGCUGCUGGUUGAUAUUCUAGGAUUUUUUGAAAAUAAUAUUUAGUAAAAUGCAAAAGUCCAAUAUUCCUCUGCGUGCCGAUGAACAGACUGUUGUGAAUAAUGAUAAUCACUCGCAAGGAAAUAAAGUGGUGCCGAUUCUGAAUGAACAGUAUAAACAAGAAGCUUGGACGAUACACAAUAAAUUUCAAGAUGACUGUGAGCAAGAUCUCUCUAAAGUUAGUCCAUACAAUACGUUGUAUAAUCAAGUCAAUACCAAAACUGCCAAAUAUUAUAAAAAUAAGUCACAAUGGACUAUACCUUACUUAAUUAUAAUCCUUAGUUUAAUUCAGAUAGCGAUUUAUACUCUUGGUGGUGACUCAAUUCGUGAUCUCUUCAUAUUCAUACCUGAACGUAGUCAAGAAGUAUGGAGAUAUGUAUCAUAUGCAUUUUUGCACAAUGGAACAUUGCAUCUACUACUGAAUAUUUUCAUCCAGUGUUUGGUAUCUAUUCCACUAGAAGGUAGUCAAGGAAGAAUCAGAUGCAUGAUAGUUUACUUUGGUGGUGCAAUAUUAGGUGCUCUAGGAACUUCACUUUUUCAACCAAAUUUGAGAAUUGUCGGAGCUUCAGCUGCUGCAUAUGCAUUACUAAUGUCACAUCUCACGGAUAUAGUAGUGAAUCCAUAUGGGUCCUAUCGUCGAGGACGUUUCCUGGCUGUGCUUUUCUUGUCAUUAGUCGAUAUUGUCAGCUAUUUUGUGCCAUUGGACGCAGUCACUUGGCUAAGCAAUUCUACCACUUCUAGUAACGUCCGAAUUGGCACAGAAGCACACAUUUGCGGCGCUUUAAGUGGCAUUGUCAUAUCGACUGCAAUAUAUUCUAGUACCUUAAACUCUUACAGACAACUGGUGUCGUGCGCUAGAAUUUUAGCUGCAUUAAUAGUUGUCUGCUUUGUGGUUUUGGCAGUAACUUAUAUUCAAAUACAUUCGCCAUAAACUUAUUGAAAUUGCAAUAAUCUUAAACAUAUCAGUCUGAAAUUAAGAAAUACUCAUCGAUUUACAAUAAAUAAAUAUAACUAAAAUUUAAUAUUAUUAUUAGAAUAAAAAGUUGUGCAUCAACUAUGAUCAACAAUAUAUCAAAUUUUUAAAAUGUUAUUCUAAAUUAUUGAAAACUAUGUUAAAUUUAUUAAAUAAUAUAUACUAUUAAUCCA